AUGGUCAAGAAUACUGAAGGCGAGGUGGAUGGGGAAAAAUUACCAGGAAGGACGAUGAAAAGCUUCCACCAAAGUAGAGAUAGUGACAAACAAGCCUUGAUAAGUAUCAUACGUGCUACUAAUUCUGAUGAGCUUUGCUUUGUUAAAUCCGCUAAGAAAGCACAUACUAUCCCUGCUGGACAGACUAUUCGUUUACCUUGUCGUGCCAACACUGGACCUAUUUACCGCAAGACACCGGUAAUAUUUAAACCAGAUGAGUUGGCUACCUGGCCUUCAGGAUUAGAAUUACAUGAAUCCCUUACAACUAUAAAGGAAGGUCAUGUUACCAUAUUAUCCAUCAACGUGACCAACAAUACCAAUCACGACAUCGCUCUACCCAGAAGAGUGGUCCUGGGCCUCCUUCGGUUAGUUCACUCGGUGACUCCUGUUGAAGUGAGAUUCAAGAAUACAGAGACGCAGACUCCAGACAAGGAGCUGCCCUGCGAUGAACAUAAACUAACUGAGAAAAUUGAGAGUAACUUGUCUUAGUCACCAGAAGUUGAUUUGAGUGGACUGACAGCAGAACAAAAGGAGCAAGCAAAGCAGUUGUUGUUGGAAGAAGCAGAAGCAUUUGCGAUGAGUGACAAUGAUGUUGGCUGCAUCUCAGGGUUAGAAAUGGAUAUUUAA